AUGUCGCCAAGAAAGACGAUCCUCGUCGCGUUCUUGCUCCUGGUGGCUAUGUCGACCACCGUGCUGACUUCCGUCGACGCCGCAAGGAGGCUGGGGCUUGAGCCGGAGGAGCAGUACAGCGCGACCGUCCCCGCGACGUCGGCGAGGCUUCACGAGAGGGCGAGGUCGCUGAUCACGACGUGGAUGGCGCAGCUCACGGCAGGGCCGAGCCCUAGAGGCCCUGGGCACUAA